AGAGAGGCCCCGCUUGGCAGGCUGCUGCGGUUGGCGGAGGGGGACGAAAGCGCACGGAGAGCAGCGAUGCAGUGAUUACGGCGGAGUUCCCCUGACGGGGCUCUGUUGUGGUAACCCAGGGACCAUCAGCUCUUCCGGAGAGCCAGGAAGGAGCCAGGAGCCGAGAGAGAGAGAGAGGAAAUAUUAAUCAGGAGCAAGAUAAACACGACAGGAGGCGCGUCCCGCCCAGCCGACCCAAAGGCGAAGCCGCCUGCCAGCCCCGGCACUUGCCGGCACGAUGGAGAAGAACCCGUACAGCAUGGCCAAGCUGAGCCUGGAUACCAAGAGCGGCACCGGGCCCAAGCGCGACUGCUGCUUUUACGCCAAGUAUUUCUUCUUAUUCCUCUCCCUCAUCCAGUUCCUCAUCAUCCUGGGGCUGGUGCUCUUCAUGGUGUAUGGCAAACCCGAGGAGGUCACCAAGAAGCGCCUGGAGGGGCUGUCGGACCAGGUGGAGCAGUGCCGCAAGAAGUCCGCCGACCUCGGCACGGAGAUCGCUGCGCUGAAGCGCCAGCUCAACAGCAGCCGGGCAGAGAGUGCCAAGACCCACCUCGAGGCGACCCGGAUCAACAACACCCUGAAGGCGUGCACUUUCGAGAAGGCGAAGAUGGCGGAUCAGCAGAAGAAUCAGGGGUACACCCAGAAAAUGCUGCAGGAGUGUAUCUUCAACUUCCAAAUUUUGAAUAUGACCUGUCCAGUCCAGCUGAGCAGCCUGCAGGACCAGCUGAAGAUGGAGUCGCACAUCCUGCAGGAGAGCAAGGAGACGCACACCCGGCAGGCCCAGGCCCUUCAGGAGCGUCUCCAGAUGGCCGAGAAGGAGCGGCAGGACUGCCAGGUGGAAAAGAUGCACCUGCAGAAGCAGGGUGACACCUACCGCCUCCUGGAGUCCCGUGUGCUGGACGCCAUGAGUCCCGUGCGCGAAGCCCUGCGGGGCGCCGUGGACCGGACCUUCCUCUCCCCGCCGCACUCGUGCUACGAUUUCAGCACCAUCCACCAGGCGUGCCUCACCCUGGGGCCCUCGCUCCAGAGCCAGGUGGAGGGGCUGGCGCGGCAGGUGGACCAGAAGGUGGCCGAGGUGGCCCAGCGCACGGCAGACCUGGAGCGCGACAAGGCCUCCUGCGGCCACGGCCUCCAGGAGCUGCAGCGCCAGAUCUCUGCAGAGCAGGAGCGCUGCAAGCGGGACAAGCAGCUCCUGCAGGAGGCGCAGGACGGCGAGACCAAGAAGAUGUACGGCGAGCGGCAGAAGCUCGUGGGCGAGAAGGAGAUGCUGAAGAUGCAGCUGGAGCAGAGCAAGGAGGCCUGUCUCCGGACGAGGAUCAACACGUCGCCUCCCAUCCACACGGGCCUGCGGAUCCCCGGAGCUUCUGCCGGCCUCAACCCCUUCGCCCUGAACCUUCCCCUGAACACUGGGGGGGCGGCAAACCCCAUCGGCCCGGUUGCAGCCCCCAAUACCUACAGCAACCCUUUGGGAAGACCCCAGGGCCUGCCGGGCCCCCACACCCUAAGCCCUGCAGAACGGAUGCGGAUACAGGAGCUGCUGAAGGAGAACGCGAAGAAGCAGAACCAGACCAUGGCUGUGAAACCGGAGGCACGGCCCAGGUAGGGGACAGGGGGGCUGCAAAAACAGCCGGUCUGGGGGCAGGAUGGGAGUUUCCCAUACUCCAGUGGGGCAGGGUGAUAGAAUACGGGGAUGCAGGAAUGUUAUUCCUCCGAGUAGACAGGUGCAGUUCAGCCCUGCACCAUCUAGAUUCGGCCUUCCUCCUCCUCAGAGAUAAACCUUUUAAAAACCUGCCUGGGAGACAGUUCUGAGGUGAAUCCAAAACUCAGCCUGAGAAUAACCCAGUCCAAAAUGCAUGGUGCGAGGCCAGAAGACAUGUGCCCUGUUUCAAGGGCAGAAAAUCUCUCGCUCUCCCGUGCUGUCUCGCAGUGUGUGCGUGUGUGCGUGUGCGUGUGGCCCUGCAUCCUAUUUCGGAUAUUCUCCUGUUCUGCCUGACCCUGAAAAAUGGCUGUCCUCUGAAGUAGGAAAGACAAAGCCCAGAGAAAUUAGUCUCAGAAUCAAAAUGUGUUCACAUGGCCCCAGAACUCUGCUUGAACCCCACUCCCCAAGGACCCAACUCGGUUUCCAUGAGCCUCAGACAAUCUCCUAAAGUCUCUUCCCCAAGGACCCAACUCUUUAUCCCAGGUGAAAGCAUGGAGUACCUGUGCCAAG